CACUAAUAUUAUAGUCUCUUACAUUCAUUCUCCAAGAAAUCAAAACCUUGUUUUAUUUUCCACGAGCAUACUCAAAAAUGGCACAACCUCAAGUUCAAGUCCACACAACAGCAACAACCCGUACUUAUGAAACUGGUACCUACCCAUCACAACAACAACACCUUCGCAGUAAAGAAGGUGUUGACUAUCCAUACUACCAUCGUAGUAACGAUGGUGGUGGUUUCACCUCUCUCUUUCCUGAGAGGGGUCCUUCAGCCUCUCAAAUUCUCGCUAGCCUUGGAGGACUUUUCCUCGGUGGGACACUGCUUUUACUAGCUAGCUUUUCAUUUUUCGCCAGUCUGAUUGGACUGGCGAUAAUGACACCACUUUUCAUCCUUUUUAGCCCGGUUUUGAUCCCCGCUGCCCUGACCAUAGGGCUAGCGGUGGCCGGAAUAUUGACUGCAGAUGCUUGUGGGUUGACGGGGCUUAUGUCGUUGUCGUGGACUGCGAGGUACAUUAGAGACCUACAUGCCGCGGUGCCGGGGCAAAUGGACGUGAAGGGGCGUAUGGCGGAUGUGGUGGAUUAUGUUGGACAAAAGACUAAAGAUGUUGGACAAAAGACUAAGGAGGUUGGACAAGACAUACAAACAAAGGCACAUGAAGCUAAGAGAACAACAUGAAUAAAUCAUGCAUCGUGAGAGAAAAUCAUAAUUAGUUGUUGUUAAUUUCAGUCUUAGUAGUUAGGUAAGUAUUAGUAUGGGGAAAUAAAUAAAUCAAGUAUGCACUAUAUAUUUGGUGCUCGUGGGGCCUUUUUGUGUGUGUGUGUGUGUGUUAUGGUGGGUUGGUUUCGUUGAUUUGUGUUUUUGUUGUUUUUUCACGUGUUGUAUUGUAUUGUAUGCAAUAUGUUAUCUUUAUUGUCGUUGUAUUUAAUUUGUUCAUGAUUGAAUUCCACGUACGUGUUGCAUUAGUCCAA